AUGGGUAAAAUGCAGACGUGGCUCACCGAACAGCGACUGGUACAGAGCUCGACCCGUGCUGUGAAACCCCGGAUCAGUUACAGCAAAGAAGUGGAGGUGAAAACCACCCUGCGGGAGCUGGUCAUCUACAUCAUCUUCCUGACAAACCUCUGUGUAGUGACAUUUGGCAUGGUGAACAUGGAAAGGUACUUCCUGAACAGAGUCAUGUCCUAUGUCUUCCUGGAGGCCUCUGGGGAUGACAGUAGCGGUUUCAGCAGUAUUAAGAGCAGAGAUGAUUUCUGGAGGUUUGCAGAGGGCCCCUUGUUGGAUGGACUCUACUGGGACAAAUGGUACAACAAUGCCACGUUAACCCCCGAGAACAAGAGCUAUAUUUACUACGAGAAUUUGUUGUUGGGCGUAGCUCAGAUUCGCCAGCUGAAAGUACGCAACAACACUUGCGCCAUCUACCCAUAUUUCCACACUUUUUCAGAAGACUGCUACAGUGACUAUCAUUAUCGAGCUGAAGACAGGUCUGACUUCGGUCUAGGUAACGGAUCUGAAUGGAAAUACACCUCGGCCUCCUCACUAUCCCCGUGGUACUGGGGAUCUAUGAACUUUUACAGCAGUGGAGGAUAUAUGUUCACCUUACCUAAAUCAAAGCAGGAGAGCACGGAGAAGUUGGCAUUUCUCAGGCAGAAUGGCUGGCUCACUAGAGGAACCAGGGCUGUAUUUAUCGACUUCUCAACAUAUAAUGCUAACUUAAACCUCUUCUGUGUAAUCAAGCUGGUGGUAGAGUUCCCUGCUACUGGGGGUGCUGUCACCUCCUCUCAUAUCUACUCCGUGAAGCUCCUCAGAUACGUGGCAUAUUCUGAUUACUUACUAGCUUCUUGUGAAAUCAUCUUUUGCCUCUUUAUCAUUACAUUCAUAAUCCAGGAAGCUAUAAAAAUGGUAAAACUGAAAAAGGGAUAUUUCAGAAGUGCCUGGAACUGGCUGGAAUUGCUGCUGCUGGGGACCUCUGUCCUUGCCAUUGCCUUCAACAUCUACCGCACUGUAGAAGUGUCCCUGCUAAUGGAAGAGCUGCUGUCUGAUGACCACGUAUAUCCAAACUUCUAUUUCCUUGCGUUCUGGCAAGUCCGUUACAACAACAUGGUUGCUAUCAAUGUCUUCUUUGCUUGGAUAAAGGUACUGAUAUUUAAGUAUGUAAGCUUUAACAAAACCAUGACGCAGCUGUCCUCCACUUUAUCUCGCUGUGCCAAAGACCUCACUGGAUUUGCCAUCAUGUUCUUCACCAUUUUCUUUGCCUAUGCCCAGUUAGGCUAUUUGGUCUUCGGGUCACAAGUUGAAGAGUUCUCCAGUUUCCAAAACUGCAUCUUUACACAGUUUCGUAUCGUGCUGGGAGAUUUUAAUUUUGACACCAUAGAAUCCGCAAACAGAGUCCUUGGACCCAUUUACUUCAUCACAUUUGUAUUCUUUGUGUUCUUCAUAUUGCUGAACGUGUUUUUGGCUAUUAUAAAUGACACCUAUUCAGAAGUCAAAGCAGCCUUUCAAGCGAUACCCAGUCAAGAACUUCACCUCAGAGACCUCUUCAGACAGGCUUGCAAUAAGGCCCUUAUCAUGCUCAGGCUGAAGAAACCCCAGAUGGAUAGAAAUGCAGCAGAGGAGAGCUCGGAGAGGACUCAAAGUAAUAGUUCUGAGCUUUCCAAUGAUGACAGCACUAGUGAAAAGAGCCAUCUGAUGUUAUCAAAGCUACAGCAAGAGGAGGAAACACUGUAUGAGAAGCCUUCAUCUGUUAAGGACAUGGACACACUCACAACUCAGAGCUACACCUCCACUGCACAAUUUCAGCAGCUCUUCCGUUACGUGAUGCAGUUGGGGAGGAAAUUAAAUAAAAUUAAUGUGCGACUCAGAAGACUUGAGAAAAAAAGGGAACGACUGAGGCUACUUAAGGGUGGAUGCCACAGUAAAACACACAAGCCCAUCUGGUAA